GCCUAAAAAUAGUCAUGUGUGAUCUUGUUUGAUUCGUCUUAACAUAUAGAUUAUUAAUAUAUAAUUUUUAUAAUUUUUUAAUAUACAAAUUAUAAGAUAAAAUGGAUUAAAGAAGUGCAUUGGAUGAUGUGCAAAAAUGAAAGUGAACAAACACUCAGGGACGGAGGGAGUACUUCAUUUUGGAAUAUACUCCCCCCGUCCCAUAAAGUGUUACCCAUUUUGACUAAAGUAAAAAUUAAGGGAGGGAUAAUUUUGUAUUGACUUUCCAAAAAUACCCUUGAUGUGAUGGGUAAAAGUAGGAUGUGAUGUGUAGAUUAUUAGAAAAAAGUGGGGGAAGGGAAAGGAGGCCGAGCUUGCCUGUUCCCAGUCCUCCCAGUCAAACAAGAAGGAACCCAAUCGGUCCCGGGUGUCCCGCAUGGAAGGGAGAGUAGAAAGCCAACCACGCGAACUGACACACGGUAGACUGGGGAACGUCCCGGACUGGGUUCAGCAAGUGGAGGCCAUGUUGGAAAGGCUGGAGAGGAAAGUAAAAGAGAAGAACGACAAAGAUAAGCGACAAUUGGCGAACUCACCGUUCACCGCGAGCGAGGAAGAAUGCCUCCUCUUUUUCCAUUCGCUACGUGGGCGAGCGGCUGAAUGGUUCGACAAGCUCCCGCCCGGCAGGAUUGACUCUUUUAACGAGCUGGCCGACAAAUUUAAAGCCAAGUUCCAGGAGAACUGUACCAAGAGGAAGAAUUUCGCGUACCUUAGCGCUACCGGGCAGAGGGAGUCGAAGAACCUCACCAAAUUCCUGAUGAGGUGGAGGGAUGAAGUCAACAAGGUGGAAGAGAUAGACGACAAAACGAUGUUGUCGCUCUUUUUGAGCGGCCUCAGGGCCGGGGAGCUGUAUAAAGAAUUUUGCAAGAGACUCCCUGCACCUACCAGAAAGCCUACAACAUGGCAUGGGAAUUUGCUGAAGCAGAAGAUCAGUACCACGCAAAGAAAGAAACUGAGUUAGCGCAUUCAAAACUUAAGCCCAGUCUAAAGGGUGAUGGUGGAAACAACCAAGCUGAUUCGAGCGAGCCCCGACCUCAUGGUGACCCGAUCAUAAGUGAGGUUCGGGGUGAGAAGUGCUAUGAAGUCCAAAAUCUAGAAAAAGAAGGUCAAGAAUGGUCCCGGGUAGAUAGGUAUUGUACCUACCACAAGACGAAUUCACAUGAUACGAAAGAGUGUAGAUGUCUCCAGAAUAUGGCUCGAGCCUUGGGGGAAGGGGAAAGUAUAAAAAUCAACCUGACCAGGUCUG